AAUAAACAACAAGCAGCAUAGUACAUAGUUAUAUAAUGAAACGAGACCAAUAAUAAAAUUAUUGUUAUCUUCGGCUUCAAGUUGCAAGUAGAUUUCGCUUAGCUAUUUCCGAGAAUGCGCGUCAUUUAUCUGUCAUUGUCAAACGGGCUGUGGCUAAAUUAUUGGGCGAAACUUCAGGUUUGGAGUCGCAAUUUUAAUAAAUUGCGAAUAAUGUCGGCUAAUUCGCCUCCCGGAAAAAGUGACGGCGAUGUACCUCAGGAUCGAGUCGUCCCGCCAACUCCAAUAGAAACAAUGGGUUCCAGGAUUCGGGACUUGGAUGUAGACUCGAUCAGAAGAUACUUAGCGCAGAAACUCGGUUUUUACGAGCCAUCCGAGCCGCCAGCUCAAGUCGAUAAAGUUUUGGAUGAAGUCAACUUAGAUGGUGUUGUUAAGUGGAUGAAGAAUUCACGAUGCCAAAAUGUCAUAACAUUAUCUGGAGCUGGUAUAUCUACGUCUGCUGGAAUACCCGAUUUCCGAAGCCCUGAAACAGGACUGUACCACAAUCUGCAAAAGUACAACUUGCCGGAACCUCAAGCUAUAUUUGAAAUCAACUUCUUCAGACAAAAUCCAAAACCAUUCUUCACAUUAGCAAAAGAAUUGUUUCCAGGGAAAUUUAAGCCCACUGUAUCACAUUAUUUUAUAAGGCUUUUACAUGAAAAAGGCAUCCUGUUACGUCACUACACACAAAACAUUGAUACACUGGAAAGAGGUGCUUGUAUACCCGAGGACAAAAUAGUGGAGGCGCAUGGCACAUUCUACACUUCACAUUGUUUGGAUUGCCGGAAACAAUAUUCCUUAGAGUUUAUUAAAGAAAAGAUAUUCUCUGACCAGAUCCCAAUAUGUACCGAGUGCCCAGGAAUAGUGAAGCCAGACAUAGUGUUCUUUGGUGAAAGUCUGCCAGAGAGGUUCCAGAGGUGCUUACAGGAAGACUUUCAGAAGUGUGAUAUGUUGAUUAUCAUGGGUUCAUCACUUGAGGUGCAACCGUUUGCAUCAUUGAUUGAUAUGGUCCCAGAAUGGUGUCCAAGAUUACUUAUCAAUCGUGAGAAAGCUGGCAUGCGGUCCCCACUGUUGAGGCUUUGGGGCCUGACAGGAGGAGGAUUGCAGUUAGAAGACGAUGCUGUGAGAGAUGUGGCCUGGCUCGGUGACUGUGAUGACGGCUGUCUGGUGUUAGCUGAUAAACUUGGUUGGGGGGAGGAACUUCGUGCGCUGGUAGCGCGCGAGCACGCGCGUCUCGAGCGGGAAGGGGGGUUGUCCUCCCCCCACAAACCGAACCCCUCUGUAACGCCCGCUGCUGAUGAGCCCCUGCCUGGUCAGAGCACAGUGACCACUGAACCCAAGCUAUGAGUAACAUCACCAUCAUAAAUUAUAACAAAAUAAUAGGUGCGAAAUUCAGCUGGCAAUUUUAACCAUGCGCAAUUAAUUUCAUAGUAAUAGGGAUGAUGACUACUAGUCAAAUCAGCGACUUCUUAUCAAACGUCAAAACGCUCGCUUAGUAUGGGAGCUUGUAUGAAAUACACAGAUGUGACGUCAUAGACAUUUGACGUACUUUUUUAGUUAAAUCGAUAAUUUAAAAUGGUCAGCAAACUUAAAACUACCAGCGAAUGUGGAUUCUAUGAAUUUUGGAAUACCCUCUAUUUAAUAAUUACCAAGAAAAAUUUAUUUUUGACCUAGGCAUCAUCCCCAUUGCAAUGAUUGCAAUACGUGCCGUGACACUAACGACAAUUUCAAACGUUUUGAGAGAGGUGAAAUUGGUAUCAUCUAUUCCAUUGUCAAUUUAAAGCUAUGCUGACAGUCGAAUUUCAAACGUGCCCCUGCCCACUCUACUGGUGCUAAUUUUGUUAUCCCCAAAAACUUGUAUUGGGGUCAAGGCACAUUAUGUGAGAGCCGAAAUGAUUCAAUGAGAUCACAAAUUUUGCAGAGUAAACAUUUUACUCUGACAUAAUUUUGUUUCGACGCUCGAAUUCUAUUAAAGUUGGUAAAAUGUAAAAUCUUAUACUAUAGUUGAGCCAUUCCAAAGAGCGAUCUGAGGUCGAAAUGUAUAGAGCGCACUUUGACUUUGCUUAGACUUAAGUUUCAGUUAAAACGAGACAGACUUAUUUCAGCUGUAUGUCGCUGUCUCGUUUUAAUAGUGUCUUAAGUCUAAGCAAAGUCAAAGUGCGCUCCAUAGAUCUCAGCCAUAGUGUUGUGAUCGAAUACUUCAGAAGUCGUUACCGAUAAAGGGAUGCCGUUCAGACGCGGGUAGCUGGGACUCCCUCGCUCUUUAUAACCUGUUAUCGACUAUCGACGAAUACUUUUUGACCCUACUACCGCAAAGCCAAAAGGAAGGGUUAUGAUUUUAGCAGUGUAUGUAGGUUUGUAUUUAUGUAUGUUCCACCGUAGCGUUUAAACUACUGAGCUGAUUUUUAUGACAGGUGUCAAUUGAUACGUUAUUAUGGUCCGGGGAGACAGGCUACAUUUUAUAUGAAAAAAAUCGAUUUGACAGAUGUUACAUCCAGAAAAGUGGGGGGUCUCCAAAUAUUUUUUUUGCUAUUGUAUAGAGUGAGAUAUCAAAUGAAAUAGGACCAAUCUGAGUUCAUAAAUAUACUCGUAGUACAAUGUUACCGAGCGAUAGAAAAACAAUUUUGUACUAUAUCUGACGUUACUAUCGGCAGUUCCCGGGUAGUAGUUAGAUUUUAGUGCUGUUUAACUUUAUCUUGUUACUACUACACUCAACACCAGAGCAUCAGGUUGCAUCCAUAAGGCCUGUACGAGAGAGCGAGAACUCCGAUAAAACAGAUUUAUGACUCAGUUCGCACGUUUCUAAUGGCUCAUCUAUAACCACACCAACUGUACCUAAUUAGUACCAGUGUCAUAUAGCGUAAAGAUUUAUCUGUAUCUACAUACAUAAGCAUGAAAUAAUUCCUAAAAUAUUGUCAUAAUAUUAUACAUGGUGAUAUAGAUAUUAAUAAUAGUGCCUCGUAUAUUAUGUAAUUAGUCAUUUAUUUUGAGCUAGGGGGAUGGGACUUUGGAGGUCCAAAUUUGGGCUUUUCGUUUUUACGGGAGUCGGGAGAGUUCCUUAAACCGUCGGUCCUGGUUUUAUCCGACUAACUUAGUAUGACGAAGGAUAUAGGCUACUUUUUAUCCCAGAAAAAAAGAG